CCCGGCCGUCUCUCCAUUUCGCUUCGAUCCUCGCGGGUUACCCGGUGUGGGCUUGGUAAGUGGUGCCCUUUAGCUCUCUCGACUCGCUAGUGGCCCCAAUGGGAUGGAUUCGCAUCUAUCCGCCUCCAAUAAUCCCUUCCCUUAUCCGCAUCCGCCCUCCUCACCUCCAACCAUCGGGCCAUUUCCAUAUCUGCAGACCAUUCCUUGCCUCGCCAGCUCCCUCUUUCCACCUCCUCUUAUUCUUAUCCCUCCGUGCUGCUCCCUCGUUGUGUCUGCUCCAUCUCGCCCUGCCCUUGUCCUUUUCACACAGUCUGUCUCUCACUCUUGACACAUCCACACAUCCACACAAACACACGCACAUACUCUCUCUCUUCUGCUCCAUCUGUUAGCAUCGUCACAUUGUCGCCGUCGUCAUCCUCCUUGCUUUUUGUAACUCAUACAGCAGCUCCUCCGGGUCCCAACGUUUGCGCUCCGGCUCCGAGACCCCGACUGCUGCGGCCACAGCUCGACGCCCUUCGGCCUUUUC